AUGAAGAAGUAUAGAGAAAGUCACAAAGAGUUGCACUGUGUCUUUGUGGAUCUAGAGAAAAUAUGUAACGGUGCCAAACAGAGGAACUGUGGUAUGCUUCCCAUUGUGGAGUUUCCAUUUGUGUCUGGCAGCUUGAAAUGGAUGAAGAGCGAGUGGGUUAUUCCACCAAUUAGCUUUUCAGAAAAUGUCAGGGGUCCUUACCCCAAAAAUCUGGUUAAGCUGAAGUCCAACAAAGAAAAAAAGGUGGCCAUAACUUACAAGAUCACUGGACCAGGAGCAGAUCAGCCCCCUGAGGGUGUUUUUACUGUUGAUCGGCGUUCUGGGAUUUUGUAUGUGCAUAUGCCGUUGGACAGGGAAAAAAUACCCAAAUACACACUGUUAGCCCAUGCAAUGAAUGAAGGAGAUAAGGCUGAAGAGCCCAUGCCACUCAUUAUCAAUGUCACUGACCAGAAUGACAACCCUCCAGAAUUCCCUAUGAACCCUUUCUUUGGCAAUGUGAGCGAAAGCGCUGAUAUUGAUGCCACAAUCAUAAAGGUAAAAGCAGGGGAUAAGGAUGAUCCGGACACAAACAACGCUAUAAUUAGGUAUAGAAUAAAAUCUCAGACACCUUAAUUGCCAAAAGAGGGCAUGUUUGUCAUAAACCCAGUGAGUGGCGUCAUCAGUCUUAAAGAAGGUGGACUGGACAGAGAGACUCAUCCAGAGUACAAGCUCAUCAUAGAAGCUGCUGAUUUGGAGGGAGAUGGGCUAAAAGCCACCUGCACUGUUACCAUUACCGUUACUGACAGCAAUGAUAAUGCUCCCGAAUUCAAAAUGAGAUCCGUGUCCUCAUCAGUCCCUGAGAAUAAGGUUGGAGUGGAGGUGGUAAAACUACAGGUCAUUGACAAGGACAAGUUAGGAACUCCAAAUGCUAACACCAAAUACUCAAUAAUAGAAGGCAAAACCAGGGGAGAAUUCAGUGUUAUUACAAGCUCCAAUAAAAUGGAGGGAAUCAUCAAAGCAGCCAAGGAGCUGGACUUUGAGAGCGUUCCUGUCUUUACUCUGCUUGUAGUGGUAACAAAUGAGGCGCCGUUUCUGAACCGGUCGCUAUCAACAGCCACUGUUACUGUAAAAGUAGUAGACAAGAAUGAGCCCCCUGUUUUCAGUCCAGCAGAGGUCCGUGUGAGCAUCUUAGAGGACUUGAAAAUAGGGAGUUCUGUGACUGAACUCAGAGCCAAGGACCCAGACACAGCAAGGAAACAGAAAGUUAGAUAUAAACUAUACAAUGACACUGCCGGUAUUGAAAGUAUUGAAAAUACUACAGGACUGGUCAAAGUUAAAAGUCGCAUGGACAGAGAAUCACCGUUUGUCAAGGACAGCAAAUACAUAGUCCUAAUUUUGACUUAUGAUGAUGGUCUAUGA